AUGGAUCCGAUUACGAUUAUCACUGCGGCAGCGUCACUGGCGGGCGCCGUCUUGACGGCGUCUCUGAAGAUCAAAAACACCUUGGACCACUUGGAUAACGCGCCACAGAAUGUUUGCGAUAUCGCCGAGGAGAUUUACGCGGUUCAGUACGCGCUCAGUCAAGUUGAGGAUGUGGUCCGUCGGGAUCCCAAUGUGAUUGAUCGACUCGCUCUCGAGGACGUGUUCGCCUUAGCCGUCAAGGGGUGUCAUGCGACAUUAUUGCUCAUCCACAAGGAGUAUGAGCAGCUGUUCGCCAAGAGCGAUUGGAAGACAAAGAUUCUGGUAUUGUGGAAAGAUGGAGAGAUGACCCGACUUCUCGGGCGACUUGACAGGAAGAAGGCUACACUCACCUUGCUCACGCAAACGCUCAACUUACGUUCUACGCAAGACAUCAAGGACCUGCUCAUCCAAAACCAAUCCACGCUGGUUGCAGCGAGACAAGACAGCUUCGAGACUGUCCCCAUCAAUACAGGCCCUGGAGCGAAAGCUGCCGACCCCCUUGAGGAGGACCAGCUUGACAGCGUUUACGGUGAUAAUGAGUCGAUACUGAGCACCACCGAGUUUGACUUCGAUUUUGACUUGAUCAACACGAAGACCUACAGGCGGGCACUUGCAAGAGCACAAGCUGCCAGCAGGACACCCAAGUCCGCACCAAUGAAUGUGGACAAGCCACUUCCGGAGCUUGUUGAGGAGGCUUCGCCUGCAUCUCUGGAACCUGUUGCAGAGGAAAAGUUAGAUGACGUCACAGAAUCAAUCAGCCUAUCUGGAGAGACUCUUGCAUCCCAGUACACACUGAGCAGGGCAACUACUCUGCUGCCGGAGUAUGAGGCAGUCGAGAGCAGCACUCUUAGUCCAGUAUCCUCGAUAACCUCGGCUGAAAAGCAAGUUCAGUCCGAGACCAACUUGGGCCACGCGCAAAACCAGGUUCCAGCUCCACAAUCUACGUCAGAAAUUUCAUUGGCGUCUGAAACGUCGAAAGAUGAGAAAGACCCUAAACGGUUGAGAGGGAAGAUUCAUAGACAUGCUUCCAAAGGGCGACUACAUCAAGUCGACGGAGAUGAGAAGCCUCACAGAAGGAGACCUCACGGAAGACCUCCUUUCCUGAAAGCUAUCGAAGAUUCUUCUCCGUUUGCUUCAUCUCAAUCGCUCCCCUCCGAGGUUACAGCCAAGCCAGAAGAUGCGGCUAGCAAUGAACAGGACGGUAAACGGGACAAAAUCAGACAGCGGCACAAGUGCGGUCGUAGAGCUGAAAUCCGGCAGCGGCAUCAAAAGGGGGUUGAGGAGGCCAUCGGGAAGGUGGAAGAUACAAUGCGUCAGCUUAGCCUUGCUGAUUCCCCGUCUCUCAGAAGAGAGAGAGGUCGUCGACGACAGGCUGCCUAA